CUCAUCUCUACAAGUUCUCUGGACUGAUCACCAUCACAGCCAGCAUUCCUUGUGGGCGGUCCCAACACUUCAGCUCCUUUGUGCUCCCACAGACAGACUGAGCGAGACGAGCGAGCGGACGGGCUGCUGGAGGCUCUCAGAUAACGGAAGUCUACUUGCUGCAAGAUGAAAGGCUUUGUGGGAGUGAGUGUGGUGUUUGGUAUAGCCCUGCUUGGUCUGGGCUCUGCGAUUAAGUGUUACAAGUGUCGGGACUACACUGGAAGUUGCACUAAAACCCAGGAUUGCAGGUUUGAAGACUCCUGCCUGACGCUGAAUGAGAGAGGUGGUGAGACGUACCGGCAGUGUGUAAGACAUUCGGACUGUGACUACAACCUGCUCUCACAGAUGUUUCCCCAGGUCUCCAGUUUCACAUUCAAAUGCUGCAGUUCUGACCUGUGUAACGGGGCUUCCACGACCACGAUCAGUAGCUCGGUGCUGGGCUUACUGGUCUCCUUGGCAGUGUGGUGGUGGUGCGUCCUCUGAGCUACCCUGCUGUUUAAAAGAAAUAAAUGCUGCCCCCUGCUGUGCAUACUGCUACUAGGCCUGAGCAACUCUGUAAAGGUGUUGGAGAUGAACCAAAUCACUUAAAAACUAAAAUUAAGUUUCUGUGGUGACCACAUGCUUAAUUAAUGCUACAGCACAAGUUGUUCAAAUUUUAAAAUAGCUCUUUCCAGCUGAAGUUGAAGAUGAACACGAAACACUCAAAUUGAAUUUAAACAGUGGUCACCUGCUGAUUUACUGUAAUGGUAAAAUGUAAGUGGGAAUGUAAGUUAAAGUAGGAUAAAUAGGGGAAAAAACUGGAGACACUGAAAACUACAUUUCUCACGUUUAUCAACCAGCACCACUUUAGAUUUCAGGGUUUGUCAUCAUUGCCCUAAAACAGAUUAUCGCCCUCUGAUUUUCAGACAAAUAAAUUUCUUCAAUGCACAGUACACCUCUGAAGGCGUGCAUCAUUUUGUAGUUGGCGUUAUGCCUUAUAAGGAACUGAGUUUAAGCAGUUGUUCAUAAUGGAUAAAAUUAAUGGUAUUUUAAAAAAAAAAACCAUCGCACCCUGUGGUAAACAAAAAUGUUACAAACACGACACGUGUGCUAUGUACAACUCCUCCAAAAUGUCACUACAUCCUCUGAAUUAUGAGGCAGUUAAGUGGUCUAAACCGAGAAUUUGUAGUGAGUUCAGUACUGUCCUCUGGGUUUGUCAGAUUCUAGAGGGUUCCUGAGCAAGCUCAAAAUAAAUAGGUUUUUGUGUAAAAUUGUAUUUGUAAAUGCUUAGUCAUUUUUAAACAGAAAAAUGCAUUUGUUUUCUCAACACAGAACAGUACUAAAAUUUCUAACAAUAUCCUAUGUACACUCAUGACAUCAGUGAGAGCAAACAGCUUCAUUUAGCCAAUGAACUGAUCAGGCAGCCAACUAAUCAACGAUCAGUAGCAGUAGUGCUUUUUGCUGUGGAAAAACUGAACCAUACUGGUAAGUUUUCUUUGAGAAAUAUUUUGAAGUCAUGUUUUCAGUAUAAUGGGAAAAAAUACAAAGUAGCCAGGCUUCUCAUAAACUGGCGUGGUCAAAAACUAAUAAUGCUACUCACAUACCAUAAGCGAGCUGUCACUCCUGCAAAUUGCGUCCUGGAUUUUUGUUGACCACAAGGUACAAUGGCAGUGAUUUUGAUUCUCGAAAACAGAAAUAAUUGUUCUUGUAGGGAAAAAACAGUUUGAGUUAUUUGGGCAUGAUGCUGACUACAAAAUGAUGUCCUCAGUGUUCUAUAAAGGAACGGGCAAUACUAAAUCAGCCCAAGCCUUAUCAAUGCUGGCCUUUUGCAUCUCAGAACUUUUUUUAAUCGGCAUGUUCAUGUGUGUGCACUAACAGGAGUAGAAAAUGUGCUUUUUGUAUUGAUUGAUGAAUCUUUAGUUAAUGGUAUGUGACAGUAUUGAGUUGUUUGUUGGUUUGUUUGUUUGAGAGGGUGAAAAAUUUGCACGUUAAUCCUAUUAAGACUGUUAUGUUAAAGUGAAGUCGUAUGUUACUGCUGCUUCACAUUAAUACAUUUCAGUGAGCUUCCAGCAUACAAGUAAAGGGUUUUAAUAUGCUUUACAGAAAAGCAUAUGGCUGAUUUGCCCAACAGCCCGUUUUCAAAAAAAGUUUUUAACCUAAUUGUAAAAAAAAAAACUUACUGUUUGUGUCCAAUAAAGUGGACAAUGUAAAGCCAAA